AUGAUAGCUUCAAUUGGUAUCCUCCAUAUCACAUAUAUCCCUUUCACACAGCACGCACUAAGGUACAUCGAUGCAUUUUAUACGGCUUGUCAGAUUGGUCUUGCAUAUGACCUUCUACUUGUACGUGAGCUGAGAGCUUUGAAAGUGAUUCGCAGGAAGCGUCAAGGGCUGCAAGAUUUGUACUAUUGGCAACAUUCACCGAAACAAUUUUCAUUGCAAACAGUACUUUGGGCAUUCGACCUCUCCACAAAUUGGCGCGGUAUUGAAUGGUAUGAUUCCUUGCAACUCAACCAGCUUCCCCCGGCUUUGCGAAAUCUAGUAAAGGGCUAUGGAGCUGCGGUGACAGUUAGGCCUGGUGCCUUGCGGUUCUGGCCAUAUUCAAACCAGGAGCAGUUUCUUUGUGAUGCAAUCAAGGUGUUAGCCCGAGGAUACUUUCUUCUUGACACUUUUGAGUAUAUUGGGACGAAGGGAUCUACAUGGCUGGAAAGACGCAUGUCUACUGCAGGUUAUAGCCACGAUUGUUAUGGCAAUAUGCUGCUAGAGCCGAUUAUUUGGGGCAAUAUCGCAGCGCUGAAUGCCGGUUGGCUUCUACUCUACGUCUAUGCUGGAUUGACAAUGCUGUAUACGAGUGCAACUUUGAUUAUGGUCUACUUAUUUGGUUUGGAUCUAUGGAUGUUUCCUCCGCUCUUCGGUUCUGGUCAGGGUCUCCGAGUGUUCAAAGUCAGUGCUAUGACCGGUGCGGACUGGCACAACCUUUUGAAACGAGGUCUACUCUCCAUUUCCCAAUCUAUUGUGAGGAAGAUCGACCCUAACGGCGCUCUCGACCAUUUCACUAUAUGCGUCUCAUUUCUCAUUUCGGGCGUCAUCCAUGGAGUAGCAUGCUGGGCCUGGGCCGGGCAUGGAAGAAUGGCCGCGCUCACUGUUUUUCUACCACCAUCACAACAGUAUCACCAGGCCGGUUGGGGUCACGAUUAA